CCCCAAAAAAAAAACUCAUUCAAAAUGGGCGGUUGCGCAUCCAAGGAUAAAAAGGACAAAGUGGUUGAUGGUGAGGCUAACGCCGCUAAUGCUACCGAAAACACCGCUGAUGGUGACAAAGCAUCAGCCGCCACUACAACUGAGGCAAAUGGUGAUGCUACCACUAAUACAGAAGGUAAACAAGACAACACCAUGGUUGACGCCGCUGUUCUCACUAAAUUGGAAGAAGGUUUCGCCAAGUUGGCCGCCUCCGACUCAAAGUCCUUGUUGAAGAAGUACUUGACCAAGGAAGUCUUCGAUAACCUAAAGAACAAGAAGACCCCCACUUUCGGUUCCACUUUGUUGGAUUGCAUCCAAUCCGGUUUGGAGAACCACGAUUCCGGUGUCGGUAUCUAUGCUCCCGAUGCUGAAGCCUACACAGUAUUCUCUGAACUCUUCGACCCCAUCAUUGAAGAUUACCAUGGUGGUUUCAAGAAGACCGACAAGCACCCCGCCAGAGAUUUCGGUGAUGUCUCCGUCUUCGCCAACUUGGACCCCAACAAUGAAUUCGUCAUCUCCACCCGUGUCCGUUGCGGUCGCUCCAUGCAUGGCUAUCCCUUCAACCCCUGUUUAAGCGAGGCCCAAUACAAGGAAAUGGAACAGAAGGUAUCCACCACCUUGUCCGGUUUGGAAGGUGAAUUGAAGGGUAAAUUCUACCCCUUGACUGGCAUGGAAAAGACCGUUCAACAACAAUUGAUCGAUGAUCAUUUCUUGUUCAAGGAAGGUGAUCGUUUCUUGCAAGCCGCCAACGCCUGCCGUUACUGGCCAUCUGGUCGUGGUAUCUACCACAAUGACGCCAAGACCUUCUUGGUUUGGUGCAAUGAGGAAGAUCAUUUGCGUAUCAUCUCCAUGCAAAUGGGUGGUGAUUUGGGUGAAGUAUACCGUCGUUUGGUAACCGCCGUCAAUGAUAUUGAAAAGCGCAUUCCCUUCAGCCACGAUGAUCGUUUGGGCUUCUUGACCUUCUGCCCCACCAACUUGGGUACCACCAUCCGUGCCUCCGUGCACAUCAAGGUCCCCAAAUUGGCCGCCAACUUGGCUAAAUUGGAAGAAAUUGCUGGCAAAUACAACUUGCAAGUCCGCGGUACCCGUGGUGAACACACCGAAGCCGAAGGUGGUAUCUACGAUAUCUCCAACAAGCGUCGCAUGGGUCUCACCGAAUUCCAAGCCGUCAAGGAAAUGUACGAUGGUAUUGCUGAACUCAUCAAGAUCGAAAAGAGCAUGUAAGGUGUUACAACUCUGCAACCCCACAAACCCCAAAAACAUUAGAGCUUACGGCUAGGCCAAACAUCUUUGUAGCCGCUAGAUAACCAACGUUCGGUGGAAAUCAUUACACACAUCAUAAUGUUCUCCCAGUUUUCUCUGAUUUCAUCUAUCCUGUAAUCGUUUUUGAAUUAAAGAGUGUGCGUUUCUUGGCAUUUUUUUCUUUUGAAUUUCACGUUCUUUAAGUUUUUUUCCUAAUUUAAAUAUUUUGUGUUUCAUUUUGUAUCCAUCUCUAUGUAACUCUCUUUUUUGGGAAAGCACAUCACAAGCGAUAUCUGUGUAUAAGGCGGAGAACAUUAUUAACCACCACAUUUUUUUUUAAGUUACAAACACUUUUUAUUUUAUUUAUUGAGAACAAUAUAUUAAUUAAUAAAAUUUAAAACCAAAAAUUAAAAAAAAAACACAAAAACAACUUUGAGUUAUAAACAAAGAAUGAAAAGAGAUUUGUAUUUGUAUUAACAGCAACAAACACAUAGAACUACAACAACUUUAAGUAAAAUCCUAAACAAACAUUGAUAAACAACAAAAAAAACAAAUUAAUGAACACAAAAUAUUUUUAAUUUUAAGUCUUAAGUUUAUAAAAAGAAUUAAUUAUUAAAAAUAAUAAAAAAUUAAAAAAAAAAUAAA